AAAUAUGGGUGAAGUUCAGGACGUGAAGGAUGUGAAGAAGACCUUCGUUGCUCCGGCGGUGAAGUCUUUCGAGCACUACGACUUCUCCCGAGCCAAAAUCUGUUGCAGCCUCACAUGGCUGGUGGCCAAAGCGUACGGGACAGACAGCAUCCCGGCAGACUUGAAGGACCCCUUCUACACUGACCAGUACGAGCAGGAGCACCUGAAGCCCCCCGUGGCCAGCCUCCUGCUGUCCGCCGACCUCUACUGCAGGGCCGGCAGCCUCAUCCUGAAGAGCGACUCCGCCAAGCCGCUGCUGGGUCACGACGCCGUCAUCCAGGCCCUGGCUCAGCGUGGCCUCUACGUCACCGACCAGGAGAGACUGGUCACAGAGAGGGACUUGCGAAAGAGGCCGUUGCAAAUGAGCGCCCACCUGGCAAUGAUCGACACUCUGAUGAUGGCGUACACGGUGGAGACUGUGAGUGCGGAGAAGGUGAUGACCUGCAUUCGUCAGUAUUCAUCCCGCAGCCCUGAGGUGGAAACACCUUACGACACAGAGGACGCUGUGACCACCUGGAUCAACAAGGUGAACGAAUAUCUGAAAGAUGUUGUGGCUCAAGAUCAGAGGAAGAAGGAAACGCAGAGUACCGAGCCAGUUGGAAGUCCUCGGUCUCCAACCAAGUGGUACAUGAAGCUUGUUCCUGCUCGCUACAGGAAGGAGCAGGCCUCCACCCAGCCGGCUCCAUGGAUCCCCCCAGUGGACAACCUCCUCAAAGACAGCACGGACGGCUCGGCCCUGGGUGCACUGCUGCACUUCUACUGCCCUCAGCUGCUCCAGCUGGAGGAUGUCUGCCUGAAAGAGAAUAUGACUCUGGCUGAUCGACUGUACAACAUGCAGCUCGUACAGGACUUCUGCAAAGACAACCUGAACAGCUGCUGCCACUUCUCCCUGGAGGACAUGCUCUACGCCUCCUCGGCCAUCAAGAAUAACUACUUGGUGUUCAUGGCAGAGCUGUUUUGGUGGUUUGAGGUGGUCAAGCCGUCUUUCGUGAAACCAAGAAUGCUGGACAACGAAGAUACAGAGCCCUCAUCCUUGUUGAAGAAUAUACCAGCCAUCCCAAUCUCCAAGGCAACCAAGAGGAGUUUCAUGGAAAGAAGCCCAAGUCCUGAAAGACCCAGUUUACCCCUCCGACCCCAGCCACGAAACUCAGGAGAGAUCAAGAGGUCCACCUCAAUGUCCUUUGUUGACGGAAACCUUGGCACAUGGCCCAAAGAGAAACGAUCCGGGCCCUACGGAGUGUCGUUUGACAUCCCGUUUGACAAAGAGGACUCGGCUCCUUCUGGUGUUUCCGCCGCACGUGGCAUGGUGAGGUCCGUCAGCACUGACGAUGGUUCCGGUUUCAAAGUUCACCACAUGCCCCGGGGAAUGAAGCGCAACCUGUCCUUCCAGCCGGUGAACGGUCAGAGCGUUGGAAUCGAGGAGGAAGGUUGUCCGGACAGCCUGGCUGGUGUGGAGCCUGUCCGGCCACCGUGCUCCAAUGGACACGGCAGAGUCAUGGACUCAACUCCCUCCAUGGAGGAAGCCCUGCAGAUUAUUCACAGCCCAAACAGGCCUCCGGUGGAGGGCAUCAACAACGGCUUCUUUCUGCACAGCCCGGCCCAGGGGGCUGGCGUUGGUGGCUUAGACCCGGUGUUGGAGUUGGACACCACAGGUCCUCUGAGCACCGCAGACACCACGGAGGUCACAGACACUGGCAUCCACAUCCGAACAGAGGACAUGCUGGAUGAAGAUUCCUCCCUGAAAGACUGCUCUGUGAACAUGGACCUGGACAUGGACACACCAAGCCCCUGCCCGAGCAGUCUGAGCAAAUCCCCCUCGGCGGUGAAGAUGACCAGCUUUGCCGAGCAGAAGUUGAAGAAGCACAAUCCAUCAGCGCCGGACUCGGGCAGGGGCAGCAGCAGCUCCCUGAAGACCACUCCUGAGGGCUCUGAUUUUGGCCUUCCAUUAUCCGUCUCCUGGGCCCCGACCCCCGAGCACAGCCCCAUCCAUCAGCACACCCCGCCGCCCCCAACCGCUCAGGCAUCGCCCACACCUGUCCAACUUCCACCCAACGACCCCGCUCAGGUCAUGGCGACUGAGAUGGUUCACCUGAGAAUGAGGCUGGAGGAGAAGCGGAAAGCCAUCGAAGCACAGAAGAAGAAAGUGGAGGCUGCUUUCACGAGGCACCGGCAGAAGAUGGGCCACUCGGCGUUCCUCAAUGUGGUAAAGAGAAAAGGCGACGGGGCUGCCAGCGGAGAGGAUGGAGGGAAAACCGAGGCGGAGGGAAAGUCAGCGAGCACAAGUCCGACGUUUAAAUUUGGGAGGAGCAAGGCAGACACGCCUGAUGGGGCAGAGCAAAGCAGCACAGCCUCCUGUUGGCAAAAGUCACCCGGCGCAGGCGAGGAAGGUGGACAAAGCCACGCUCAGCUGACCGAACUGGAUCUUACAGAGUAUACCCGUUCCAUCGACAAACUCAACCACUCUCUAGCCUUCCUCCAGACGGAGAUGCAGCGAUUGGCUCAGCAGCAGGAAGUGAUCAUGGCCAUGAGGGAACAGCAGCAUCAGCAGGCGUGGGUCAUCCCUGCUCCGCACACAACCCCGUCGCCCCAAAAACACAGCCGCCCUGGAGCCGCUACUCGAUCCUCGGGGCCGUCUUCUCCCGCCGACUCCCCCCGCUCCACCCACCGCUCUCCAACCAGCAUCAAGCGCAAAUCCGCCUCCUUCCACUCACGUAAUCCUCGCACCCCUCGACCCAGCGAGCUCAAGCUGGCGCCCUACAACCGGGUCCUGACUGCCCCGCAAUCUGUCGACAGCAUCCCGAGGCUACGGAGAUUUUCCCCUUGCCAGCCAUUGGCAAGUACCUUCGUUUACAUGGGGGAGAAACCGGCGGGAAACACUAGACCAGAGACAGUCGCCCCAGAUGUAGAUAAACACAAGGAGAUGGAUUCACUCCUUUCCCCUGAGAGGGAGUUGGCAACUGUAUGCAUAGUACACUCACCCCCUGGCUCCCCCGACCUGCAGAACAAAGGACAAAAAACUGAAGAAAAUACAAAAGCCCAAACCCAGGAAACAGAAUCUCAAUCCCAGGUUACUGCUACGGGAUUAGACGACCAGAGAGUUAAAAAGUCAGCUGUGGAACUCAAACCAACCAUAGAGUCGUCAUUCCCUGAGGUCCUGGCCCACCCUGUGGUAGAGACCUUCACGGUGACGCCGACAGAAAUCCCUCCUCAGCCAGAAUCCUCCGCUCAAGCCAAAGGCAGUUUGAUUGAGGUUCCUCUGUCAGUCGUGAAGCCCCUGGAAGAUCUGACACUUGAGGAUGCUUUGGAGAUGCAGCAGGAGAACGUGGAAGGGGACGACGAGCAGAAAAUCUGCCGUGGCUUCUUCUUCAAGGAUGAUGAAAAGCCAGAGGAAAAUAUGGCACAGAAGAGGGCCGCCCUGCUAGAGAAAAGGAUGAGAAGGGAGAAGGAGAGCCAGCAGAGGAAGAUGCAGCUGGAAGCUGAGCUGGAGCAGAAGAAAGAGGAAGCUCGACUGAAAGCAGAAGAGGAGCGUGUCAGGAAGGAGGAGGACAAGGCCAGGAAGGAGUUCAUCAAGCAGGAGUACCUCAGGAGGAAGCAGCUGAAGCUGAUGGAGGACAUGGACAGCGUCAUUAAGCCUCGGCCAGCCAGCGGGGCCCGGCAGAGGCGGGGCCGACCCAAGUCUAUCCAUCGCGACAGCAUGGACUCCCCCAAAACCCCCGUCAGAGCUGCCACAGGUUCACGCCAACGUGUCUUUUCAGUCUCCAGCUUGUCCCUGGCGUCCCUCAACCUCGGAGACAGCGACAGCGUUCACUCUGACAAGAGAGCGCCAAGGCCAGACUCUGCAGAUGGCUUCCUGUCCCCGAGCCGCUCCAGCAGCAGGAACGGAGAGAAGGACUGGGAAAACGGAUCCACCACCUCCUCGGUCACGUCCAAUACAGAAUACACUGGGCCGAAGCUGUACAAGGAGCCCAGUGCCAAAUCUAACAAGCACAUCAUCCAGAACGCCCUGGCCCACUGCUGCCUCGCAGGCAAGGUCAACGAGGGGCAAAAGAACAAGAUCCUGGAGGAAAUGGAGAAAUCUCAGGCCAACAACUUCUUGGUUUUGUUCCGAGAUGCCGGCUGCCAGUUUCGCUCCCUCUACACGUACUUCCCCGAGACCGAAGAGAUCAACAAGCUGACGGGGAUCGGGCCCAAGAGCAUCACGCGCAAGAUGAUCGACGGCCUCUUCAAGUACAACUCGGACAAGAAGCAGUUCAGCCAGAUACCAGCCAAAACCAUGUCGGCCAGUGUGGACGCAGUGACCAUCCACAGCCACCUCUGGCAAACCAAGAAGCCAGCCACCCCUAAAAAAGUAGUGCCUGCCCACUCCUAAUGGAACUUGAUACCACCCCCCCAUACCCAUUUCAAUUUGCACUUCACUGUACAUAUCCAUAAAGAUUCAAACACCUGCAAUGCCAGUUAGAUGAAUGCCAAUUUUUCCGUUUGUUUUUCCUCUCAUUGCAUUCCCGUCCUCGUUUAUCCGACAUACUCUGGACUGGAUGUGAUAGGAACAACUGGAAUGUACGACACUGUUGAAGAAUGAUGUACUGUAAAUGUAAUCCCGUUUGUUUUUCAGAGAUCGUCAGAUCACGAACGGCAACGAGUGUGUCUUGUUUCUCUUUUCUUCGUGCCAAACGUCAAAAAAAAAAAGAGACAGUAUGAAUGCUAGGAGAUUUUACUCGGUACACUGAAGCACUGAAUGUUUUUAAUUAAUGUACAGACUGACUUUCGUUUGUGUUAUCUUGUUGGUGUGAGGCCUUAUGUGCAUUUUGUUUUAGCGUGAGAGUGUAAUUAAUGAGGUGAUUGUAAAGCCACAGCUUUUUCUUUUCUUUUUUUUCUUCUUGUAUUUGGAAGAACAACUUUUUUCUUCAUCUCUGUGGGUAAACCGGUUUGUAUAUUAAGGUGCGUAAAACUCUUGAGGGCCAAAAAACUAAUUGCAUACAGCUAGUGUUAGCCACACAGUACAUGUGUGAUCAGCUCAACAAAGCCAAGCGGUUUCAGCUUUUCCAGAACCCUUUUGGAGGAAGAGAUUUUAAAGAAUGCAGGUUCUUACUCUUACAGCGCUGCUUCUAAGCCGAUGGGUCAGGACUCCUGCAGAAGUGUGACAUACCACGUGUCGGAAAAACAGAUUUCUAAUGUUUUCAGAAAAGAAGAAAGUGAAGCAAAGAGAGUUGAGACCUGGUUUGCAGGGCUUCAGCCACAAAGGUUGAGAACUAGUGUCGUAGAUCACUUUGCUGUUCACAGCAGGUUUGUGACCAAAUGAAACAGCUCAGUAUUUUUUUUUUCUUAUGAAAUGCUGCCUACUGCACUCAGUAGCGUCUUUGUAGUGUUUUAUGGUACAUAAAAUCAAGGAAUCGGACUGAAAUCUGAAAGACAUAACAACACACAUGAGGUAUUUCUCUCGAACGAAAUUGUUUUACUUUCUUGACAGUAUUAAAAUAAAGAUUUACACUUAGACUACACAUUUGAUGGUCUGCUCUCAUGAGGCGCUUUUGGUUCACUGAGCACCAAAAUGUAGGAAGCAUAGGUCAUAGGAUUAGAUAAAAACCAUUUGUUCUGUUAUAAAAAUAAAAAGUCACCGUAAUUAUUUUCCAAUUAAUUAAAAUGGCCACAUUAUAAAUGGUUGUGUCAUCUGCAAUAUGUCUGUGCAUCUGUUGCUCUUUCAUCACUCAAAUGGGUUUUGGCCUAAACAAGGCACUGAGUGAAGGGCGUACUAGUGGCAUAUUUGUCUGAAACGUGUCCCAGAGCGGCCAGUAGUAGAUUUAUUUUAUUUGUUCUAUUUUUUUGUCAGAAUGGGAUUCACAUGAUAAUGCAAGGCAAAAUAGGCCAAAUGUUGCUGAAUACGGGUAGGAACCCUCCACUGGGUUUCAUUGGUGUCGGCUUCAUGUUAUUUUUGCCACCGAAUGUCAGAUCAACACCAUUUGCAGAUCUAUACGGGAUCCAACACAAGAAAUCUGCCAACAUGGUGCUUUGUUUUCAACAGGGGUGGGAAUUUAUGACCAAAAGAGAGCAUGUACAUGUUUUUUUGAAAUUGUAAACUAGUGCAACAGAGGGAUAGAAAGGUUUCUCUGAUUUUUUUUUCUCUUUUUUUGAAAGGAUCAAUUCACAGGAAGCUAUGUCCACCUGCUUUUGGCUGUUUAAGGCCAAAGUUAAAGAUUAUUUAAACUGUAAUGAUACUGUACAGUGUGUUCAUGUGAGCUACUUAUUCACUAUGAUAUCUUUGUUUUGUUUGUUAGACGCUGUGCUGUCAUUCAACAUAUUGCUGAACAUGUAGGAUUUUAUUUUAUUUUUUCUUUUGCAUUUAAUAAAAUUAAGCAUGGCCUCAGCA